UCCAGACCAGUUUUGGACGAGGUCAGACCGGUUCUUACCAUUUUCGGCCAUUCCGGAUCCAACGGUGAGCUCCGUUUGUCCAAAUUCGGCUUCGAAAAUAAGGUACGAGAUAUAUAGAGCGUUUUAUUAUGGAUAAAUCAUCGUCGGACACCAUGAUUGCGCUCACAUCCACAAACUACAAUAUGUGGAAGCCUCGGAUGGAGGAUUUGCUAAAUUUGAGGGAUUUAGCGGAUCCUCUUGAUAAUAAUGGUGUGAAACCGGAUAAAAAGACGGAUGAAGAAUGGACAAAAAUGAAUCGAAAAACUGUCGCACAAAUUCGACAAUGGAUAGAUCAUAGUGUGUUCCACCAUGUUGCUCAAGAACAAAGUGCUUACACACUAUGGGAGAAGCUUGGUAGCAUGUAUCAAGCAAAAACCGCCCGAAAUAAGACGUUACUAAUGAGGAGAUUAGUAAACCACAAAUUACGUGGGGGUAUUUCGGUGUCAGAAUACACCAGUCAAUUCAAGGAUCUUGUGAAUCAGUUGAGCACCACCGGAUGGGUUCUCAAAGAUGAAGAGCAGGCGAUACUACUCUUGAGCUCUCUAGCUGACAGCUGGGAGACUCUUGUUGUCACUCUCAGUAAUUCUGCUCCAAAUGGGAAGGUGACUAUGCAGAUGGUCACAGAUGCCCUGAUGAAUGAAGAAGCCCGAAGGAAGGAAGCCGGGACGGAACAAUCAUAUGUCCUCAUAUCAGAAACUAACAGACGAGGGAGAGGCAGAAAUGGAGGAAGAAGUCGAGGUCGAGGUAGAGGUCAAGGUCAAAGUAGGGGAAAUUCUCAAGUUCGCGGAAGAUCACAAGAGAGAGG